AUGGGACAUGAGGAGCAUGGAGGGACUUGGCACAUGGACGCAGCUCAACUGGAUACGCAAAGGAAGAAGGGAGAAGCCAUCUUGAAGACCAGCUCGACCAUCUACUCGACCAACCGGUCGAGUUCCUCAACUCGACCGGCCAAGCUUCAACUCGAUCGAGCUGAGAAGUCAACAGUCAAACCCGAAAAAUGUUGCUUCCCCCUUGACUUUCCUUUGACCCUAAACCUAAUCCUCUUUAGCUCUAAUCCCAUCUUUGUGUUCUUGAAGCUCUUGCUUCUUGAAUCCUAG